AUGGUUUCCCCCAUCACCAUGGUGCCCCCAUCACUGUGGCUCUGGCUCAUGGUGAACCUGACGCAGCCGGCUCUGCUCUGCUUCGGCAAAGUGCCCCAAGAUGCCACCUCCCGCCACCACUUUCUGCAGGUCGUGUCCUACCUGCAGGCCUACAAAGAGGCUUUUGCUAGUGAGAAAGUUUUCGGGGUGCUCAGUGAGAAGCUCUAUGACAUGCUGCAACUGGACUGGGAGCAGCGGCAGGAGGAAGACACGCUGCUCAUCGAGAGGAUCUUGCUGCUGGUGCGCAAUGUGCUGCAUGUGCCCCCGGACCCCACGGAGGAGCAGGGCGUGGAUGGUGACGCCAGCACCCAUGACCGGGUGCUCUGGGCCCUGCACAUCAGUGGCAUGGACGACCUGCUCAAGUUCCUGGCCAGCUCGCAGACUGAGCAGCAGUGGGCCCUCCACGUCCUCGAGAUCAUCUCCCUCAUGUUCCGCGACCAAUGGCCCGGGCCGCCCCGGCUCUCUGCCCGCAACGUCCGGCUCUUCCUGCGCGAGUUUUGCCAGGACUUUCUGGAGGGCUGCUACAACCACCUCAUGUACCUGGUCAAGGACCAGCUGAUUCGGGAGAAGGCUCAGCAGCACGAUGAGACCUACUACCUAUGGGCUACAGCCUUCUUUAUGGCCUUCAAUCGGAGCCUGCGGUUCCGGCCAGAGCUGGUGUCGGAGACGGUGGGAAUCCGCGCCUUCCACUUCAUUGAGCAGAACCUCACCUCCUACUACGAGAUGGCACUGAUGGACAAGAAGGAGGCUGCGACCUGGGCCCGCAGGAUGCACCUGGCCCUGAAGGCCUACCAGGAGCUGCUGCGGACGGUGCAGGAGAUGGACCGUUCGCCUGAGCAGGCCGUGCGGGAUAGCAGCCAGAUCAUCAAGAAUAACAUCUUCUACCUGAUGGAGUACCGGGAGCUCUUCCUUGCCCUCUUCCGCAAGUUCGAUGAGACGAAGCAGCCGCGCAGCUUCUUGCGGGACCUGGUGGAGACAGCCCAUCUCUUCCUCCGCAUGCUAGAGCGCUUCUGCCGGGGACGUGCGGGCCUUGUCGUGCAGAGCAAGCGUGUGCGGAGGAAGAAGAAGCCACGAGCCCCCGCAGCCCUGACAGCGCAGCCUCCCACCCCUGAGGAGCUGGAGGAUCUCUGGACAAGCCUGGCUCCGCAGCUCCAGGCCUGUGUGCAGGGCGAGGUGCCUCUCCCUGAGGAUGUGGUGCCCUUUGAUGCUGCAUCGGAGACGCCAGUGGAGGAGCAGCGCGCGGAGGCCAUGCUACGGAUUCAGGACUGCCUGCUCGGCGGCCGGGCCCCCGAGGCGCUGAGGCUGCUCCGCUCUGCCAGGGAAGUGUGGCCCGAAGGAGAUGUGUUUGGCCCCACUGGUGUGGAGCCAUCUGAAGAGACGAAGCUCCUGCAUGAGAUCCUCUUUGCUCCCCUGCCCCGGCAUGCGCCCCCUGAGGCUGAGGAGCCUGAGGAGCUUGAGGAAGAGGAGGAGGAGGAAGAAGAGACUGUACGAGUCUCGGAGAAGGAGUUCAACUUCUUAGACUACCUCAAGCAGUUCGCCAGAGCCCCCGUGAUCCGGGCCUACGUGGUGCUGCUGCGCAGCUACGCCCAGAACAGCGCCCACACCAACCACUGCGUCGCCCGCAUGCUGCACCGCCUGGCCUGCGACCUGCACAUGGAGGCCCUGCUCUUCCAGCUCUCCCUCUUCUCCCUCUUCAACCGCCUGCUCAGUGACCCCUGUGCUGGUGCCUACCAGGAGCUGGUGACUCUGGCCAAGUUCAUCCUGGGCAAGUUCUUCACGCUGGCAGCUACCAACAAGAAGGCCUACGUAGAGCUGCUCUUCUGGAAGAGCCCAGCAGUCGCCCGCGAGAUGGCUGAGGGCUACAGCUCGCUGCAGGAGGGCGAGGGGGCCAGCACACGGAAGGCCCCAGCCUGGACUCCCCAGGAGGAACGGGAGCUGCGAGAGCUUUACUGGAAGUACAAGGAGGUGGAAGGGGAGGACAUCAUUGCAAACAUCCUGGCCCACCUGCAGGCGCCUGGGCGCACGCGGAGACAAGUUGUGAACCAGCUGGUGCGGCUGGGGGGGGGGCCAAGCUAGCGCGGUUGCAAUCCCCCUAGGAAGGGCACCCGCAUCGUGCUGUGGACGCAGGAGCAGGAGCUGGAGCUGGAGCGGCUCUUUGAGGAGUUCCAGGGCACAGAUGAUGUCCUGGGCAACAUCAUGAAGAACCUGACAGCCAGGCGGUCCCGGGCCCGCGUGGUGGAGAAGCUGCUGGGGCUGGGGCUGGUGUCGGAGCGCAAGGAACUGUACAAGAAACGCAGGAGGAAGGGCCAUGCCCUCCUGGCGGAUGAGAUGGAGCCCUUGGGGGCACCCGCCCGGGACAGCUCAGCAGAGGAGGGCGACAGUGAUGAGGAGGAGGAGGAAGAGGACGGUGCUGAGGAAGGCCCCAUGGAGGAGCACUGGGUGCCUGAAGACGGGGCUGGGCAGGGACUGGCACAGCGUCUGAGGCAGGAAGGCCUGGCUGGGCCUCUGCAGUGGCUGGAGAACUACUUGAAGCGGACGGCUGGGGACCGCGAGGAGGACGGCGUGUCCCACCCGGUGCCCUUGGUGCCGCUCUCGGAGGAGAACGAGGACGCUAUGGAGGACAGGGGCUUCCAGGCCCUGCCGCGGAAGCUG